AUGGAAGUGUCAAAAAGUGCAAUCUCUAUACCAACUGUUAAUUCACAGUCACAAAUAGAAAUAUCCAUCACAAUAGAUAGGCGACCACUCUAUUUUGCUUUCAAUAUCAUCACACCAAUCACGGUUCUUGUUAUUUUAAAUGGAAUGGUAUUUUGGCUGCCUGUUGAAUCUGGAGAACGUAUCGGUUUCUCUGUCACGUGUUUUCUGUCUUUUGUUGUCUUAUUGAACAUGAUCAUGGACCUGAUGCCCAAAUCUUCAUCCCCGAUAGCCUACAUCUGUUUCUACACAGUCUGCAUGAUGAUAUUCAGCGGAUUGAAUACCGCUCUUUUUAUCCUACAGAUGAGAAUGUUUCAUAAACCGGAAACAGAUGAGGUACCUAAAUGUAUACUUUCAUACAUACGGUUUAUGAAAUGCCAAACAUGUAAAAGGGACGAAAAUAAGGAUAAGAUAAGUUUGAUUAAAGUGGAACCAUCGGAUGUGCUAGAGAGGCCACAGAACAGACAAAACGACGUGAAAAUUGAUCAGUCAGAUGCCAAGAAUGAGGAAAUCACAAUCACAUGGCAGGAUGCAGCGGGUGAACUAGACAGGAUUCUAUUCUUUACCUUUCUAAUCGGACAAAUGACAUUCACAAUUUUAUUUCUCGUCCUUUUAUUUUCAAUGUGA